AUGAUUGAAUUUGUUCUCAUAUUCAACGGACAGAGCGAGAUCCGGCUGCUCAAGUGGUAUAAGGUCCUACUGGCAGCUGAGCAAGCCGCCGCAAUUCAGCUUGCUAUACGGACUGUGAAGCUCCACGCCUCGCUUUCUAAUGGGAUUAUCGACUGGGAUAGAGGUUCUCUUAUCUUAAGGCAGUAUGCAGACCUUACGAUUGUCUUUGCAGUUGAGAAUUCAGACAACAAGCUACUAGCACAUGAAAUGAUCCACUUCUUUGCUACGUGUCUCGAUAGAUACUUUGGAGGUGUAAGCGAGCUUGACCUUAUUUUCAACUACCUUAAGGCAUAUCAUGUCUUAGAUGAAAUAAUAAUGAAUGGGCGCUUUUGCGAAGCAUCUACCAAAGCCAUCGUCAAGGCGUCAACAGCGCACGAUCAGUUUGAGCUUGCAAAUAUUAAUUAA